UUCAUGUCACUGCAGUGUGCCUCCCCUCAGGCCGCCGCACAGCUCAGCCGUCAGUCUGCAGCUGUGAACCGGGGGAUUAGUCUCUCCUCCUCACCGCGGCUCUCCUCUGCCUCUACCCGGUCUUACCCUGCACUUAACCGGACCCGCAAGAGCACCGCAUCCAUCCUCCGUGCAGCUUCCACGGUGACAUACAGCGUGUUUUCUGUGCGGCAGUGAGAAGAGGGAGAUUUCUGUGCUACUGUUUGGUCCUGGAGGGGAGGAGCCAGUUGUUGAUUUCUACGCUGCAAAGAGAAGGAGCCGCACUCAGAGGGUGGACUGAAGAGGAGGCCUGAAAUGAUGAAGCACUGUGGGCCCGUUAAAGAGUAGCUCGGACCGAGAGGACUGCAGUGGAGGUGGAGGGAAGAAGAGGAGGAGGGACAGAAAACAGAGGGAGAGGGAGAGAGAGCGUAUCACAUGACCCGACCUCGGACAGGCUCCAAAUCAGCGAUGCUCCCCUCAGGCAGGGAUUACCUCCUCCUCCUCCUCCCCGCCGUCUACCUCUCCAUCUCUCCCUCUCUUCCUCCCACAUUCGGCAGAGCAGCCGCCCAGCUUCAAGACUCUGAGCCGUGAGAGCUCGCCGCACUCACCCGCCCUCUCAUACACACACCUAAAAAACAACACACACUCAAACACACACGCGCACACACACACUCAAACACACACACACACUUCUGCAUCCUGCUCAUGGUCGUUGGCCUGCCCUCCUCAGCUGCUGCUCCCGCUCCACUCAGACACCAUGAAGAGGCCCAAGCAGCAGACUGGGCCGCUCAGCUUCCUCAACUUCUUCAGCAGGAAGCCCAAAGCAGAGGCGAGGCCCGAGAAGCCUGCGGAGGCCCGUCCCAGAGAGGAGGUGGCCAUCACGCUGACCCCGAGCGAGCACCCAGAGCAGGAGCUCGACCUCACAGCAGAAGAGGCUGGAGAAUCAAGAGCCUCUGGAGGAGAAAGAGGAGAAAGAGGAGGUCAGCCAGCAGCGGCUGAGGCCAGCGAGACCGGUGCAGCCACAGCCGAGUGUGUGGGCGGGGCCAGCAGCGGCUCCACGGGGGUCCUGUCCCUGUCCUCCUCCAGCCAGGAGCAGCUUCUGGAGGAACACCUGGAGGAGUGCCCUCUGUGCCUGCUCAGCCAACCACGCUGCCACUUCCCCCGCCUCUCCUCUUGCGCCCACCGGACAUGCUCCGACUGCCUCCGUCAGUACCUGCGCAUCGAGAUAUCAGAGAGCCGGGUGUGCAUCGCAUGCCCGCAGUGCCCCGAGACGCUCUCCCCGCUGGAUGUUCGUGCCAUCCUGGAUGAUCAGGCACUGCUGGAGCGGUUUGAGGAGUACCAGCUGAGACGUUUCCUGGCGUCUGAUCCAGAUACUCGCUGGUGUCCUGCACCUGACUGCAGCUAUGCAGUGAUCGCUUAUGGCUGUGCUGAGUGUCCCAAGCUGAGCUGUGGCCGUGAGGGAUGUGACACCGAGUUCUGCUACCACUGUCGACAGCUGUGGCACCCCAACCAGACGUGUGACCAGGCCCGGCGUCAGCGAGCACGCCACACCUCCAGCGGAAACGAUGCCUCCACGCUGUACGUCUUCAAUGAAGAACCCGGAGGAGAUGCAGAGGAGAUCAAAGCGUGCCCUCGCUGUGGUGCCUACAUCAUGAAGACCAAUGAUGGCAGCUGUAACCGUAUGAACUGCACUGUGUGUGCCUGUCAGUUCUGCUGGCUGUGUAUGCAGGAGAUCACCGACGUGCACUACCUCAGUCCCUCUGGAUGUACCUUCUGGGGGAAGAAGCCAUGGUCUCAGACACGAAAGGUUCUGUGGCAGGUGGGCAUGUUGCUGGGAGCACCAGUGGUCAUCUCCCUCAUAGCGGGCAUUGCCAUCCCAGUCAUCAUUGUGGGCAUACCAAUCUACAUGGGUCGAAAGGUCCAUGGUCGCUGCAAGAAAAACAAUAUCUCAGGAAGUAAGCACUACUUGACUGUGGUGAGUGGGGUGAUGAUGUCAGUGUUUGUGUCGCCGGUCAUAGCAGCUGUCACUGUGGGUGUCGGUGUGCCGCUAAUGCUGACUUAUGUCUAUGGGGUCGUCCCAAUGUCGCUCUGUAGGAACGGCUGGUGUCGACCGCAGAGUGAGCCGCCUGAAACACAUAAAAUCCAACUGGAGGACUUAGCCAGCUAUCUUCUAUUCUCUCAUGUAGUCAGCGACCACUGGACGGGUCAAAACAACCCGACGCUCAGCGACACCAGCGUCCAGGAAGUCAGAGUCAGUGUACAGGAAGUGGGCGUCCUCCCCAGUACAAGCACCACACCCCCUGAUUUAGAUAGCUACGAGGUAUUUGAUGAAGCCACGAAACCCCUUGGAUACACCCAGCAGGACAUCCAAUCAGACUGUGAGGUGGUCAUUGUGCCUGAUGGCAAGCUUGAUGACUCACAAGCGCUCGCUUUGAGGGAAGGAACCAAUAUUGAGGUUCGUGUUGAAAUUGAGACCCAUCCAAGAGGCGCCCGCCAGUCCAGCCUCAGUAGCAUCCUGUCUAGCCGAAGCUUGUCAGUGGAGUCCCUGGGACACUCCCAGUCCCAGUCCCAAGACUACCUGUGUGCCUCUGAAGUGGAAGAAAGACAAGAAGGGGGAGGAAGAGAGGAACAAGAGGGAAGAGAGAAACCAGGAGGGGAAGAAGGAGCCCACCACGGGACAGUUUACCCAGUCUUUGAAAUAGACGGUGUAUGAGGUCCUCCGAUUGCAGGCUUUGCACUUGGUUGAAGAUUAGACAGGAUAAAACACAAAUCCAGGAGCUGAUGUUUCAGCUGGAUUGACCUGAAAAUCAUUGUCCAAGGCCACCUCCUGCUUCCAAGACAGGCCCUCCCACCAGAUGCCUUCUAGCUCCAGCCUGUAAGGACGAUGCGGGUUUAGAGAAAGCAAAUAAAAAAAACAUGAGAGUGUGAGAGAGCUUGUAUGAGACUUAAAGCAUGAGUAUGAUAGAAGAUUGGACGGGGGAUAAUCAGUUUUCCAGACAGGACAGCAUCCAUGAAUGAAUCUCAAACAGGAGUGGCUGAGAGCAUGUUAGCUGACUAGUUCAUUCUGGGUUUUAUGUUUUCUUUUCUGUUAGAUGGUUUUUCUCCCUCUCUACAUAAAUCUACUACAUGAAGCCCUCUCUUCGUCUGGCUGUACUCUUACACUUCUUUUAGUGACCUCACCUCCCUCCACAGAUUUUACGAUGCAGUGCUCAUACCUAAAUUGAGAAACCUGAAACAGACGAUGCAUGCGUCACUGUAUUUUCACUCUUUUGUCAAAGAUUUCUGGUUGAAAAUGACACCUGAAACUGUUGAAGCCUGUACCUGUUCUUCUCUAUUGGGGUCAAAGGUGCUCUGUGACAUUAUGGCGCUGAUUGAAAAGACCAGAGGGAUUUAUAAACACCAUCAAUUAUAACUUUUAAUCGCAAAUCCACAGUCUUCCAUGAUCGCAGACAGAGGGCGGUGUCACUUUUGCAUUGUUUUAGUGCAGCUUAAGCUCUUAGGAGGCUAUCUCCUUAUAAGCUAUGGAGGGAGACACUGCUAUAGUUUGGUAAAAUGCUCAUUCUGCAGAUACUUUAGUGUACAACAUGGCAGCGACACCGCAGUGUUUUUCUAAAGAGUUUUAAAUCUAGCUGCAUGAUUCUGCUACUUGCUGUGUGUGCAGGAUAAACGCACACAGGCAGACUCACACAUGCUGUAAAUGCCCACACAGCAAUCAGUGUAGUUGCAGUAUUGCGUGCAGCUAAGAGCAUUACAUAUAAACUCAAGACUCUCUCUCUCAAAUGAUCACAGAGCACCGAAAUUACAACAGCAGCAUGCCACCUCGGGCUGAAGUCUAAGAACCCCUUAUAGAUGAUUCAUGAGAAAUACAUGACUUUACAUGCGCUGCUUAGCUUCCUGAGUGUGAAAUAUUUGUGAGACAUGAACUCGGACAUGAGUUGUGGAGAGAAAUUAAAUAAACAUUUCACCAUGAAGGACUAAA